CUAUCUUCCAACCACCAGCUUCUUUCACCAUGUCAUUCGUGCUUUUGCCUUCAAAGGCAACCAUCUCGAUCGAUGCCACCUUGGUGUCUGUCGCCCAGGACCUUGCUGAUGCCUUUGCCAACGAGCAAGAGCCAUCGCAAUCGGAUAUCGAGACCACUUCUUGCUUCAUCGAGUUCUGCUCGCUUCGCAAUGAAGAUGUUGCUAUUGCUGCUUUCCAGCACUUUCAUGGGGUGUUUUGUGCCAACGAGAACAUCCAUGUCGGCGUUCAGCAGCAUGGCCUGACCGACACCCAGGCAAGGGCAGUUCUCAAGGGAUACUACUCCGUCUGGAAUCUCCUUGACACCCGUGGGCUGCUGCCUCAGGUCCAUACGCCUGCCCUCUUUACCCACGCCAUGGUCAAACUAGCAGCCAUGUUUGGCGGGCAGAGCGGCAUGCCCAAUUACAUGGACGAGGCACGCUGGCUUUUUGAUGUCUACCGUCCAGUAAUUCAGGAGUUCGUGGCUGAAAUGUCCCAGUUUCUUGGCCGUGAGUCGCAGGAUGCUCGUAUUUCCAGCGAGCACAAGCACCCAUUCGAUUUUCUGGGAUGGCUGUUGAACUCCAAGGCUAUUCCUGACCUUGAAUACAUGCUAUCGGCUGCGGUCGCUGUGCCCAGUGUGGGACUCAUCCAGCUGAUGCAUGUUGUAGUCUUGUUAAAGACUCUUAGAAUAUCACCGGGCGAGCUAUCCGCGGUACUGAAAGUUCUAACUAUUCGUAUUACUGUAGGUAUUGCUGGCCAUAGCCAAGGAGUAGUCGCAGCUGUUGCUCUUGCAUCAGCCACGGACUUUCCCUCAUUUACUGAGUUCUCAAAGCGCGCUUUGGGAAUUCUCAUGGUAACUAGUGCAAUGGCGCAGAUAAUUCAUCCUGCGCACGCACUCAGUACCGAUGACCUUGCAGACUCAAUGGAGCACGGAGGGAAGCCAUCGCCCAUGGUGUCUUUCCGUGGCAUUCAGCGCAGCUCGCUCGAGAGUCUUAUUGCCGAGUUCAACGACCACCGGAAGUCACCCCAGGCGUGUGUGUAUCUGUCACUCAUUAACUCGUACGACCAAUUUGUGGUCUCUGGCGAGCUCUCCCCAGUCGUCAGGUUUGUCACUUUCGCGCGUUCCAAAUGCGCAGACCUGAGCCUCGACCAGUCGCAUCUGCCACCAUCUGAGCGCAAGCCUACAGCCAGCAUCGACUACCUUUACUCCAGCGUACUGUGCCAUUGUGCACUGAUGGCACAAGACGAGCAAGUUGACUACGCAUACGUCACUGACAAGGGGUGGACCUUCGAUUCAGCUAAUUUGCGGACCGUGGUCUAUGCUGGCGAUGAUGCACACGAUCUCCGUGGCGAACCGGACCUGACUUGGUUCCUCAUGCGCUCCCUCGGUUCACUCUCGUGCGACUGGCCCCAUGUUGUUCGCAAUAUCGACGCUACGCACAUUGUUGACUUCAGUCCUGGUGGAUUUAGCCUGUUUGCAAAGCUUGCGCAUAGCAUUACCGAGGGCAGCGGCAAGGCAAUUAUAUCCGCAAGUGCACUCACCACUUCAGCCAAACUGCCAUUUGGCACCAAGGCCGACCUGUACCGCAAUAACACCAACCAGGUUGUCUUCAUUCCAAGCUGGCAGCAUCAGUUUGGUCCGCGGAUCGUGCGCACCACGUUCGAUGGCAGCUUGCACAUCGAAACCAAGCUGCACUAUGUGACUGGCUUGCCUCCACUUCUUGUCGGGACCGUCGAUCCACUAUCAGUGGAUAUAGGCUUUGUUGCCGCUAUUGGAAAUGCUGGGUAUCUUGCCGAGCUAGACGUUCGAGAAAUGGCUUCCGACUACCAGGUCACUGACCUAGUUGAUAAAGCCCUGUUGCAACUUCCUAUAGAACGGGGACUGCUCCUGUGCUGUGACUACGCAGACCAGGCCCAUUGGUCAGUUCAGUUCCCGGCGGUGCUGAAUUUGCGCUUCCGUAACAAACGAGUCGCCGGUGUGUGCAUCAGCGGUGGCGUUCCAGGGAUGCAAGCUAUUGGCGAAAUUGUGAAUAAGCUGCAGGUGUUCGGAAUCACUUACAUCGCAUUCAAGCUCACGACGCCGGCCGAACUGCGCCAGGCAAUCAGCAUCGCCAAGGCUCACCCGACAUACUCGUUUAUUCUGCAGUGGCUCGGUAGAGGUAGAGCCGACUCUUCCUCCACUGAGGACUUCCAUCAGCCCCUUCUGGAGCUGUACAGCAAGAUUCGAAUGUGUCCUAACAUCACCUUGACUGUUGGGUCCGACUUUGGUGACUCCAGUGACACCCUGCCUUACAUUACUGGCGACUGGAGCGUCCCACUUGGCCGCCCUCCAAUGCCGAUUGAUGGUGUCGUGCUUGGUUCGCCUUUGCUUGUUUGCAAGCAAGCACCAAUUGAUGACGCAAUCAAGGAGCUAGUUGUUCAUAUGUCAGGCGUCGAUGAUGAACAGGCGUCGAGUAGCAACAGUGGAACCUUCGCUAAAACAGUCUCAAUCACUACUUUGGAUGGAGCUCUACUGCAGGUGGCUGCUAACCGCGGUGCCAUGCUCAUCCACUGGUUGCAGAACUCUAUCCUUUCGCUUCCGGUCGAAAGACAGCAGGCUACACUACUGGCAGAAAAGGCCGAUAUCAUCCACCGCCUCAAUGCUGACUUCAUGCGGCCAUGGUUCGGCAAAAGUUCGGAUGGCCGUGUUGUCGAUCUUGAGGAUAUGUCGUAUGCUGAGGUUAUGGAAAGACUUCUCGAGCUGGCGUUUUCCAAAGAGCAGUCUCGCUGGGUGCAUUUGUCCUUAAGGUCGCUUGUGUUUGACUUUAUGCGACGCCUGGAGGAUCGAUUCACGGGCCAUGUCCGAGACCGCAUUGUCGAAUACGAAGGCGAGCUUGAUGAGCCAUAUGCAUUCAUGGACCACACCCUUUCAAACUAUCCUGCAGCACGCACGACGCUGAUUGCAUCCGAGGACAUCCAGUUCUUUAUUGCCAGGUGCAAGCACCCACGGAGUGUGGCGGUGCCAUUUAUCCCUGUAAUUGACGAGGACUUUGCUAUGUUCCUGCUUCGGGAUAUGACAUGGCAGCUGAGGGAUUUGCGGUCUGUUGCAGACAGCGAUGCGCAGCGUGUCCUAAUUCCAUGCAGCGCUUCUACUAUGAGAUCUAGCCUCAGCACGGAUGAGUCUGUGAAAUCCGUCCUGGACAAUAUCUACCAAGGACAGAUAUCGGCGCUGCUCUCCCGCUAUCACGAUGGGGAUGAGAGUAGGAUUAAAUAUGUGCCAUUUAUCGCUCCGGACGCGGUCCCAGUGAGGCUUCCGCGCUCAGUUGUUGCCAACAUGUCCAACUCUCAGCGUGUCUACACUCUUCCCGAUGAUGAUUCCCUUCUCCCUGACAAAAAAGUUUGGCUCUCUGUUUUGGCUGGGUCAGCACGUAGCUGGUUGAGUGCACUAGCAAACAGCCCAACGUACAUCUACCCUCCAAUCUGGAAUGCGGGUGUUUUGACGAAUAUGCUUUUACCCCGUUCUGGACAAACCGUUGUCAUAGAAAUGAAGGAUAGCCAGGAAAAGUCACUUCGUAUCACCAGGAAUGGUCAGAUUGACUUGUAUAUGGUAAUGGGCGACGAUGAUGUUCUUGCUAUAGAAAUCACGCUGUCAAUUGUUGGGCGCCCUUCCGUCCCUCUUAUAAUGAGGUGCCAAUUCAAUCCUGCAUCGCCGUUUGCUCCAUACAAGUUCUUGAUCGAUGACUUUGCAACUAGUUCGCUAGGAUUGUUUGCAUACUGGUUCGAUCGGGAUGAUUUCAAUACGGACACAGUUGAUUAUAUAGCCGACCCCUCGAUUCCUGUUUGGGUAAAAGGCUAUUCGAUUGACGAAGACACAGUCAAAAACUACUGCCAGGCAGUGUCCAAUGGCGAUGAUUUCUAUACCAAACCCGAUGGCGUUCCGCAGCUCGCUCCUGUCGACAUCUUACUUAUUCCUCAAUGGAGGGCUAUUGUGUUGAGAGCCGCGGGUAACGACUAUCGUAGAAAGAUGUUCCGGGCGAUGCAGGUUGGGAACAGCUACACGCUCACUGAUGGGGCAAGACCACUGCGGGUAGGCGACGCUGUUGACAUGAAGGUGUAUGUGACUGGGAUAGUACAUCACCCUGACGGUGAACGCAUCCUGGUGAAGACUAGAUUCUUCCGAGAUGGAGAAGAGUUUGCAUCCAUGGAUAGUACUGUGAGGUUCAUGGGGUUCGUCUUAGACAUGACGCGCUCUUUCCAGCGUGUGGAGGAGGAACCAAUGCAACUCCGCAUCACCUCUCGAGAUGAGCUGUCGGUGUUGCUUUCCAAAGAAUGGUUUAUUCCUGAUGAUGGUCUUGACAAAGCCAUUCCUAUCGGAUCGACUUUGCAAUUCGAGCUCACUUCUGACUAUCGCUUCAAGUCGCAAACUGUCUUUAGAAGCAUAACCACUGACGGAGAUGUUUGGCUCGUAAAAUCCCCUGCUGAGCGUGUGCACGUAGCAUCUGUUCAUUAUAUCGGCGGUGAGUCACUCUCAAAUCCUGUAACGGACUACAUCCUCCUUCAUGGACACCUCACUUCACCUGCUGUUGCCUUUGAAGGUGAUGGGAUAGAAGUCACAGAUAUUGGCAAAUUCAACAAAGGACUCCCUGUGACAAUUGAAGAUAACCGGAGAUUUGCUACAAUUACCAGCGACAAUACUCCAAUUUAUCUUAACCAGUACAUGGCGAGUGCCUCAGGGUUGCCUAAUGUUUGUCAUUAACGUAAAAUGGAUCUCCGGAUGUGUACAAUCCGCAAUUGCCAAGAACGUCGCCAAUGGAGACAUGAC